UCCUUCUCCUCCUCCUCCUCAAAGAAGAUGGCCGCAACGUCCGGCUUCGCCGUCGUGUUCGCGAUUGCUUCCCUACUGUGCCUCACCAUAGCCCCAACCCGCGGCGCGCUGCAGGCCGGGUUCUACAAGGGAAAAUGCAACGGCACCGACGUGGAGGCCACCGUCAAAAGCAUCGUCGCCGCAAGGUUUGCACAGGACCGAUCCAUCGUCGCCGCCCUCCUCCGGCUGCACUUCCACGACUGCUUCGUUAGGGGAUGCGACGCGUCGAUAUUGAUAGAUGGGAGUGGAACCGAGAAGACGGCCCCCCCCAACUUAAGCGUGAGAGGCUACGAUCUCGUUGAUCAAGCGAAGGCACAACUAGAAAGUACAUGCCCUGGCGUUGUUUCCUGCGCUGAUAUCAUCGCGAUCGCAACAAGGGAUGCUGUUGUGCUGGGUGGUGGGACGCAAUAUACGUAUGCGGUGCAAACGGGGAGGAGGGAUGGCAACAUCUCGCUCGCUUCCGAUGCGAGCGCAAAUCUCCCGGGAGCUUCAUUGUCGGCCACUCAAGCUAUUGCGGCGUUCAGGGCGAAAGGGAUUAGUGCUUCAGACAUGGUUCUGCUACUAGGAGGUCAUACGGUUGGGAUCACGCACUGCUCGUUCAUCCUGAAUCGCCUGUACAACUACAAUGGAACGGGCAAACCGGACCCGGACAUGGAUCCCGCUUUUGUCGCCAUGCUCAAGUCGAGGUGCCCUCAGACGUCGGCGGUGGACAACAGCGUCUUCCUUGAUAACGGAACGCCAAGCACGGUGGACAACAGCUACUACAAGCAGCUCCUGGCGAAGAGAGGCGUUCUCAAGGUGGAUCAGAACCUAGCCAUGGACGCUGCGACCAACGGCACGGUCAAGUCCUUGGCCAGCGGCAGCUUGAGCUUCCCCUCUCUGUUUGGGAACGCCAUGGUGAAGAUGGGCAGCAUUCAAGUGCUCACGGGAACGCAGGGGCAGAUCCGGAAGUCUUGCCGGGUCGUCAACAAAUGAUGGUGAGUCGUGGACUCGCUGUUCUUCUUCUUUGGCUUUUGGGCAUUUCUUUAGGUUUUGAUUUCUGAGGGUGAUCUCUUUGCACUGUUUCCGAUUCCUUUCAUGCAAAUCCGAACACUUCAUUUUGUUCCAUCAUCAUUUUCCUCGCGACUGAAUAGUACUACUCUGCAACACUUCACGAGCA